AUGAGAGAUAACAUCAACAAGGUCGCUGAAAGAGGUGAAAGAUUGGACUCUAUCGAGAACAAAACUGACAACCUUGCCAUCAGUGCUCAAGGCUUCCGUCGUGGCGCCAACCGUGUCAGAAAGGACAUGUGGUGGAAAGACAUGAAGAUGAGAAUGUGCAUCAUUUUGGGUGUAAUCAUUCUUUUGGUGGUGAUUAUCGUGCCCAUUGCCGUUCACUUCUCUUAG